CCUUUAAACUUAUCACUACACUUUGGAAAAUAUCACCUCCCUCUAACUUCGAAACCUGCACUCUCUGGAGUCUGGAAGCUCUUUCUCUCUAAGGUUUGUUCUUCCUCUCUGCUUUCUAUGGCAUACCACUAUUGUGCUAUCUUCUCUCUCUAGCUUUUAGAGGUUCGUUCUGGUUUUCCAAAGCCAUGGAUUCCUUAAAUGCUAGUCCAGGAAUAGAGUCAAGAAAGAGGAAGCCAUUCCCCAUCGAAGGAAGCCCCCAGAUGCUGAAGGAUUUUCUAAAUGACGACUUCAGCUCAUGUUCAUCCAAUGGUUUCAGUUCCUUCCCUCGCCGAGCGUGUUUUACAACUGUUCGAAAUCUGGUCCAAAUGGAUCUCAAUUCUAGAGAUUCAGACAACGCUGAGAAAUUACUCAGAAGCCGUUUCAAGGUGGCUUCCAAGACCAUCUCUGCAUUCCAUAAAGCAUCAGCGGUUGUGAUUAAGGUUAUCAAAUACCUCCCCUUCUCCUCCAUCAAGGCUCCGACAGAACCACACAACAGAACGAAGCAGGGAAUUCUGUCAAGGAGUCUUUCAAGGAGUUUGAGACAAAAUUUCUGGAAGAAAAGAGAUAAAGUUGAAAACUACGAUAUCAAGGUAAGGGUGAUGGUUAAAGACAUUAUAAGGUGGAAAUCGUUCGGAGAUUUAAUCGAAGAAAAGCAGCAAAAGCCACCGGAUAUCUGUUCUUCUCCUCUCCAGAUCAGUAGCAUCGCCGCCACUGCCGUUGCCGACGAUGGCACCACCGCCACCACUAGUAUCAGCAGCAACAAUAGUAACAGUUGGACUGAUUGUGAUUUCACGUCGGAAUAUUUACAGUCAUCUGGCGGUAGCUCUGAGUACCUAGAUGAAAACGAAGGUGAGGAAGGUAAAGAAUGCUCGGUAGAGGAGAAGAUGACCAGCAACAAAGGACACAAUGCGGUGGGUGCGGAUUCCUUGGAGACAACGACCUACUCCGUAGACCCAAAGGGAGAGUGCCCGUUAGAGGAAAAAGAACAGUUUAGCCCAGUCUUAGUGCUUGAUUUUCCUGAUGAAGAAGAAGAUGAUGAUGGAGAUGGAUAUACAGAGUCGGCGUUCCACCAGAGCCUUGCCAGCAUUGAGAGGAGGAAGGAGAAGCUUUUGCAAAAGAUAAGACGAUUUGAAAGCCUCGCUGAACUGGAACCCGUGGACCUUGAAAAACGGAUUGCACUGUCGGAGAAGGAUGACUCCGGUGAGAGCCCCUGCGACGAUGGCGUACUCCUGUCACAAGAAGAUGAAGAUGAGGUUGAUCUGGAAGCAAAGAUGGCAGGAAAAGGAACAACGGAGGGCAACGGAAGUGCUUGUAAGGAGGUAGUGAAGAUGGCAAGAGAUUGGGUGAAUGGGAACAGUUGUGGGGGAUUGGGUUUGGAGUUGGAGUACAAUAGGGAAACAUAUGUUAGAGAAAUGGAGAAUGGAGGAGGGAGUUGGAGGAAAUUUGAGGAGGAACAAAGAGAAGUAGCAGUGGAAGUAGAGAGUGGAGUGCUGUGUUCCUUGGUAGACGAGCUGUUGAUUGAUCUUUUUUCUUGAGAGAUCUCCUGCUUGUGCUCAAAUAAAUUAGAAUCUUAUAAUUUAAAAAAUAUUAUAUUUUAAGAACC